AUGGCAAACACACAACCUACCACAAAACGCCCGGAGCCCUCAGCGCUCAGUGCACUCACCUCAAGCGCAACACCCCAAUCCGCCGAAAGCGCAACCUCAACCCAAGUCCUCCACAACCUCCAACACCAACACCUCUGGACCUCCCUCUUGACACACUCAAUCGCAACACCGCCACCAUCCUCAACGAAAAUCCAACCUCAAUUCCAAUCCCAAUCACAAACUAUAACACUAGUAUCGGGAAUCCCCCCACACAGAGUCUACACACACCCAGACGAACAAUUAUGGAUGUUAGAAAACGGAAUCCGGGAAGAUGAUCUACGGCCCGAGCGGAUGUUCGUGAUACCCACUGCGCACGGGCAGGCGUGGAGCUUAGGGGCCAUGGCUGCUGUUUUUGAUGAGUUGCCUGGCGUUGCUGGGGGAUUAGUUGAGUAUGGGCGUGGGGAGAAGGGGACUGAGGAUGAUGAGAUGAGUAGGAAACUGGCGCGGUAUUAUGAGAAGCGAGAGGCUGUGCGGGAGAGUAAGGAAUGGGGGUCUGAACGGUUGUUGCUUGCUAUGGUUGAUCGGGGCAUGGGUGGGGAUGGGACUGUUGCUUAUUAUGUUGUGCAGGAGGGUGAGGUUAAGCCGAGGCAAAAUUAG